AUGGCAAAUAAUAUACGUUCAGUUCAUCCUACGCCUAGAUUUGUUAUUGAUAAUUGUUCGUCAGAAGAUAAUGAAGAAUUAAUCAAAACAACCACAAAAACAACAACAACAGCAACAACAACAUUAUCAUCGAAAAAACAAUCUGUAUCACGUUCAUUAAGUUUACCAAAUUAUGGUGAAACAUAUAAAGAUUUAUCCGGUGCUAUACAUUAUUCAUCAUUAAAUCGUUUGAAAAAUUACUUUAUUCGAUCAUAUUCAUAUCCAAAUAAUUAUUUUUCAAAUGAAAAAUUAUUUUAUUCACAAACAUUAUCAACUAAAAUUAAUGUUGGUAUGGAGUUUCUUGGUCCAAAUAAUGGUACAUAUUCUCCUGCUGCUUCAUCAUCACGUUAUUCAUUGUAUGGAAGUUUUUUUGACCUUUCAGAAAGUGGAUAUCAUGCAUCAUACAUUAAACCAGACAAUAGAUUAUUAACUAGUGAUGGAUAUUCACUUUUAGCUGUUGGUAAUUCAUCAAAAUUAUCAACACAUACAUAUCAAGAUAAAUGUAAUGAUUGGCUUAGUCAUCUUGACACUAUGUAA